AUGGAAGCUCCAAAACAAGAAGUGCUUACAGCACCAGAAUUACCACCUAUGGUGUUGAUGCUACCAUCACCAGGCAUGGGACAUCUCAUACCGAUGAUUGAAUUCGCCAAACGAAUCCCUCUUCAUCAAAACCUACAUAUCACCUUCGUCCUCCCUAACGCAGGUCCACCUUCCAAAGCACAGACCACCGUUCUUCAAUCCCUUCCGAAUUCCAUUUCACACACUUUUCUUCCACCAGUUACAUUCACAGAUCUCCCACCAAACACCAAGACUGAAACACUCAUCUCCCUCACCGUUCUCUUGUCUCUCCCUUCUCUCCGACAAACCAUCCAUUCCCUCUCCGUUUCUCAUACUAUCACCACCCUCCUCGUCGAUCAUUUCGGCACCGACGCUUUCGACGUCGCCGGCGAAUUCAACCUCCCUAAAUAUAUUUUCUACCCUUCAACCGCCAUGUCUCUCUCCCUUUUUCUUUAUCUCCCUCGUUUAGACCAAGAGGUUCAUUGCGAGUAUAGAGAACUCACUGAACCGGUAAAAAUCCCCGGUUGUAUCCCGGUUCACGGUAAAGAUUUACUAAACCCGGUUCAGGAUCGUAAAAACGACGCUUACAGAACUGUUCUUCGUAACGCCAAGAGACACAGUGAAGCAGAUGGAAUUAUUGAAAACAGUUUCCUUGAACUCGAACCGGGUCCAAUCAAGGAGUUACAAAAAGGAAAACCAGUUCUUUACCCGGUCGGACCGUUAGUUAAUAGAGAGGUCGAAGUCGCCCAAGCCGGUCCAAAUUGUUCAGAGUGUUUGAAGUGGUUAGAUGAUCAGCCAGACAAGAGUGUUUUAUUUGUAUCUUUUGGAAGCCGUGGGACGCUCUCGAGUAAUCAGACAAUUGAAUUGGCACUUGGUUUAGAAAAGAGUGAGCAACGGUUUUUAUGGGUAGUUAGAAGUCCAUAUGAUAAAGUUGUUAAUGCUUCUUAUUUCACUGCUGAAUCAGAUUCUGAUCCUUUUGAUUUUUUACCAAAUGGGUUUUUAGAAAGAACUAAAGGGAGAGGUUUUGUUACUUCAUCUUGGGCCCCACAGCCACAGGUUUUGGCCCAUGGGUCAACGGGUGGGUUUUUGACUCAUUGUGGAUGGAAUUCUGUUCUUGAGAGUAUUGUGAAUGGAAUGCCUUUAGUUGUUUGGCCACUCUAUGCUGAACAAAGAAUGAAUGCUGUUAUUUUAACUGAGGGUGUUAAGGUUGGGUUGAGACCAAAUGUUGGUGAGAGUGGUUUGAUUGAGAGACAAGAGAUUGCUAGUGUUGUCAAGUGUUUGAUGGAAGGUGAAGAAGGGAAGAAGCUUCGUUGUAAAAUGAAGGAUCUUAAAGAGGCUGCUGCAAAAACUUUGGGUGAAAAUGGAACUUCCACAAACACUAUCUCUAAGUUAGCUCUCAAGUGGAGCAAUAGCAACAAAUCCAAUGUAACAAAUUAA